UCCUACGGCCUUGGGCUCGCAAGGCGGGCAGUGGCUGGCUGGCGUCUGGGCUAAGCAUCCCCAGGUUCCCGGUCACUAAGCGGCCUCGUCCGGAAAAGACGUCCAGAUGCGGCUCAGCAAAAGCCAUUUUCUCCCUUUGCUUUCCUUCCGUCGGGCCCCUCGGGGCCCCUGGCAGCCCAGCCUUGGGAGAGCAGAAGGUGAUCAGAUCUCCGCCCAGCCAGACCUCCUGCCCAUCCCUUUGCUUCUCAGCCCGGGCCACCAAUCCGCACCUCUCGUGAUGCUGUGAGCACCGUCUUUCCUGGCCAAAGGAGCAGAUGCCAGCUGGCCGCUAGUACUCUGCUGGCCACCAUUGCCUGCUGGGUUUGCAGGGAGAGGCCUGGCCUGGCAGCAGUCCCAAGGACUAAGGCUGCUCUGUAGCCCAGAUGGAGAAGUUCCCCAAAUGCCACACCACAGCACUUCCCCCUGGUGCCCCUGGGAGAAUAGGCACCUAUGUGGAACUGGAGGCCCGGAAGUUCCUUGGAAGCGUCAUUGUGGUACCCUCCCCAUUUUGGAGCAUCUGCUGGGGGCUUCACGCCUGGCCAACAUCCCCCUGACCCCAGAGACGCAGAGGGACCAGGAGCGACGGAUACGCAGGGAGAUCGCCAACAGCAAUGAGCGAAGGCGCAUGCAGAGCAUCAAUGCAGGAUUUCAGUCCCUGAAAACUCUCAUCCCACACACAGACGGGGAGAAGCUCAGCAAGGCAGCAAUCCUCCAGCAGACGGCGGAGUAUAUCUUUUCUCUGGAGCAGGAGAAGACGCGGCUGCUGCAGCAGAACGCUCAGCUCAAGCGCUUCAUCCAGGAGUUUAGCGGAUCCUCCCCAAAGCGGCGGCGAGCAGAGGACAAGGACGAAGGCAUAGGGUCACCAGACAUCUGGGAGGACGAGAAGGCUGAGGACCUGCGCCGGGAGAUGAUCGAGCUCAGGCAGCAACUGGACAAGGAGCGCUCGGUCCGGAUGAUGCUGGAGGAGCAGGUACGCUCCUUGGAGGCCCACUUGUACCCAGAGAAGUUGAAGGUGAUUGCCCAACAGGUGCAGCUCCAGCAGCAGGAACAGCUCCUGCCUGCUCAUGGCCCCCCAGCACCCACCCAGCACCCAACGGUGAUUGUGCCUGCACCACCUCUGCCUUCACACCAUGUCACCGUGGUAACCAUGGGGCCCUCCUCAGUGAUCAACACUAUCUCAACAUCCAGGCAGAACCUGGACACAAUUGUUCAGGCGAUCCAGCACAUUGAGGGGACUCAGGAAAAACAGCUGCUGGAGGAGGAAGAGCAGCGCCGGGGUGCAGUCAUUGUAACCCCUGCCCGGGCCAGCCUGGACCCCUCGAACUCAGAUACGGCCUCUGACCUGGAGGCGGAGGACAACGAUUCCAUGGGACACAGCAAGGCCGGGAUGCCCUGACCUCUGCCUGGCAGCGGGAGGGUGAGCAGGGUGGGGGCGAGGGGACUUCAGGAAAUGUGCUGAAAUUUUUACAAAAUACCACAACAUUUGGGUCUAUUUUGUGACCUUCCAAUACUGUAAGUGAGAGCAUUAGGACGGGGAUGAGCUGGACAUCGGGCUCUCCAGCUUGAAGCAGCUGGGGAAGAGUUGGCAAGCUGCAAGCGGCCAGGCUCCUCCAGGACAUAGCUGGGCAGACUCCCGGCUUAAAGGAUGGAUUUUCUCUGGCACCUCCGGCCGUAAGAGGUGUUCCCAGGGGCCUUGUCCCUCUUCGGCCUUGCUCCUGGCCCUUGGAGGGGUGAAGGGCUCACCGAGGCCUUCUAAAAGCUCCAGGGAGAAGGCUAGUGGUGGUAGGCCUCAGGCUUGUCUCUGCCUCACUGGUCCUCCUUGCACACCUCUUGGUGCAGGGAGACCCCUGGGGCCCUUCCAUUCAGGGGGGCUGGUUCAGGCUUGGGGCCUUUUCAGAGCCUGGGAGAGAGCAUUGAUCCCAGCCUCUCCUCUGGGUGGUUUCGUUCUUGGAAGCACUUAAAUCCGUUCCAUGGGUUGACUGGGUCCGCGAAGAGCGGUCCUGCUCCGUGGGGGUUGCUGUCGUUGCAUUCUGUGCCUCCCCGUCUCUCUCCCCCCCCCCCGCCCAUUUGGACAGAGAUCUUGGCCAGGGCUUUUUUGUGCUGGUUGCUUUUAAUAGGUUCCCCCCAGCCACAGCUGUUCCUUUGUUUUCAUAUUUUUAUAUGGGUUUUUUUUUGUUCUUUUUUUUUUACAAGUUUUGAGUCUUUGUGUUCAUUGAGAUGCUAUUAUAUUUUGUUAAGAAAGUGGAAAAAAUGAGGCUUGUGCCUUUGUAAAGAAACAAAAUAAAGUUUGUACUUUGUUUUUUA